UUCUGAGUUCCCUGUUGUUUUGAACGCACUGAAGUCGGAAGUCGGAGAUUUCCUAUUUCCCAGUUUUGCGUUCCCCGUUGUUCUGAACGCGGCAUCUAUUCCAAUUUAGACGUGCCACCACCUAUGAUUGGUUGAUGUUCCUGACCACCUGACUGACGUGUAACGUAGACGGUGCCGUCUAUGAAGGCGGAAGUCUUCUUCUGACGGAAUUUGUUUUGGAAAAAAGGCUAGUGGAAGAAAAAUGGAGACAAAGGCCGAGACGAGUCACAAGCUGGUGUUUGAGAAGGAGGGGGUGUACCUUCACACCAAUGCCAAGAGGAGCAACCAGGACACUACAAUCCCAGGAUUCAUCCGUAUAGUGGAACGGGGUGGGGAGCCAGCUUUGGAGUGGAGCGCACUAGAGGACGAGGGCCGCAAUGCGGCUGCUGUAUUCUACACUAAAAAGGAUGGAGAAGGAGGGGUGGAGGACACCAACUUUGACCCUGGCUACGAGCCAGACUGGGCAGUCAUCAGCACAGUGAAGAGAGACCGAGUCAGAGAGCACCCCCCCGUCAAAGAGACAAGCCAGUGGUCGUUCUCCCUGCCUCUGUCGGAGCUGUACUCUCUGCGACGGUCCCGUUUCUCCCUGGGCCGUAACUUCCUGGUUUUUACCAGCAGGGGUGGCCACCCCCUCCCUCCUCUGCACUUCCACAGGGGGGGUACCAGGGAGCUGUUGAGGGCCCUGCAGCGUUACAUCAUCCUGGCCCCAUCACCUGUAGAUGGUCGUCUCUUCCUAGCGUAUCCCCAUGACUCUGGGGCUCUCUCUCAGUCCUUUGAUGAGCUGCACCUCUUUGACGAUGGAAGCUCCGACCUCGUCUCUAGGUUUAUCCAGGACCCUUAUGCCACCACCUUUGGGGGAUUCUCCAAGGUCACCAAUUUCUUCAGAGGGGCUCUACGACCACCAGAUUCCCCCUUCCACCCCCGUGGCCCUCAGGACCACCAUGGGCCCCCCUCAGCUGACGACGAACCAGGCUUUGAGCUCAUCACCUGUGGGGUGGAGCUUGGCCCUAAACCAGACGUAACCAGGGGACAGCCUCUCGACAAAUGGGAGGAGUUCCUGGACCCAGAGGGGCGUGUGAAGGACCCACAGCGAAUCAAAGAGCUGGUCUUCAGGGGGGGUAUCACACCAUCCCUGAGGAAGGACGUGUGGAAGUUUCUGCUGGGUUUCUAUCCCUGGAAUAGUACUGUGAAAGAGAGGGAGGACAUUCUGAGGAUGAAAACAGAUGAGUAUUUCAGAAUGAAGGUUCAGUGGAAGUCAGUCAGUGAAGAGCAGGAGAUGAGGAACUCCCUCCUCAGAGGAUACCGCAGCCUGAUAGAAAGGGACGUGAGUCGAACGGACAGACACAACACCUUCUUCUCUGGCAACGACAACCCAGGCCUGACUCUUCUCAAUGACGUGCUGAUGACAUACUGCAUGUUCAACUUUGAUCUGGGCUAUGUCCAGGGGAUGAGUGACCUCUUGGCUCCUCUCCUGUUUGUCACUCAGAACGAAGUGGAGUCCUUCUGGUGUCUGACAGGUUUUAUGGAGAUGGUGCACCAGAACUUUGAGGAGUCUCAGGAGGCCAUGAAGCAGCAGCUCCUUCAGCUCAGCCUGCUGAUGAAGGCUCUGGACCCUGAGCUCCUUGACUACCUGGACUCCCAGGACAGUGGCUCUCUGUGCUUCUGUUUCCGUUGGUUACUGAUCUGGUUUAAGAGAGAGUUCUCCUUCGAGGACAUCCUGUCCCUUUGGGAGGUUCUUUGGACUCGUCUGCCCUGUGAAAACUUCCAUCUGCUGAUGGCCGCUUCCAUUCUGGAAUCACAGAGGGGGGAGUUCAUCGGCUCUGACCACGACUUCAACACUAUUUUGAAGCACAUCAAUGAACUGACCAUGAAGCUGGAUCUGCAGACAGUCCUACGAGGAGCAGAAGCUAACUACCUACAGCUGGCCUGCUGCAAAGAGCUGCCGGUGAAGGUGCAGGAGGUCAUUGGUCUGUACGUUCCCCCCAGCCCUGAUGACGAGACGAGCCCAGAAUCAGAGUCACAUGAGACGCAGCAGCUUCUCAGCCAAUCACAGGCAGAAGCUACGGAAACGAGCCAGUCAAGUAACAGCACUGCUGCUGCAGCACGCCCUCGUCCUACCUACCCGUAACGCUGAAGGACAGGGUGAUUGACAUGAGGAGAGAAAGCCAUUAACCGAUGUACACCCAUCUAGUACCAGGUCGGACACCCUUUUGCCUCCAGAACAGCUUGAAUUCUUCGGGACAUGGACACGUUGCUCAAUUGAUAUCAAGGGACCUAACAUGUGCAAAGGAAAACAUUCCCCAUACCAUUACUUUACCCGCCACCAGUCUGUACCGUUGACACCAGGCAGGAUGGGUCCAUGGACUCACGCUGCUUACACCAAAUCCUGACUCUGUCGUCAGCAUGACGCAACAGGAAUCGUGAUUUGACGGACCACGCAAUGUUUUUCCACUCCUCAAUUGUCCAGUGUUGGUGAUUGCGUUCCCACUGGAGCCGCUUCUUCAUGUGUUUAACUGAUAGGAGUGGAACCUGGCGUGCUCGUCUGCUGCAACAGCCCAUCCGUGAAAAAGACCGACGAGUUCUGAGGUUCAAGAUACCGUUCUGCACACCGCUGUUGUAUUGCGCCGUUAUUUGCCUGUUAGCUUGCAUGAGUCUUGCCGUUCUCCUUCGACCUCUCAUCAACGAGCUGUUUUCUCCCACAGGACUGCCGCUGACUGGAUGUUUUUUGUUUGUCUCACCAUUCUCUGUAAACCCUAGACACUGUCGUGCGUGAAAAGCCCAGGAGGGCGGCCGUUUCUGAGGUACUGGAACUGAUGUGCCUGGCACCAACGAUCAUACCGCACUCAGUCACUGAGGUCACUUGUUUUACCCAUUCUAACAUUCAGUGGAGCAGUAACUGGAUGCCUGUCUGCCUACUUUAUAUAGCAGGCCAUGUGGCUCACUGUCUGUAGGAGCUAACCGUUUUUGUGAAUGGGGGGGGUGUACCUAAUAAACUGGCCACUGAUUGUAUAUUGGAUAAAAUAUUGGAUGAUAUGGGGCAUAGGAGAGAGUUUGAUAAUGUACUGUAGUACAGGAUGAGGGUUGCAGACUGUUACCAUCUCUGACAGACGGAGCAUUAUCGAGUGAACGGUGAGAGGUUGUUUUUUUCAUGAAUGUAACUAUCCCAAAAUAUUGAAAUAGUCUAUAUAUGCAGUGCUUUGUCUUUAUAUAAAUACCGCAAUACAUUUUUUUGUUUUCCUUAAGUAUUUUGUGUGUAUCCAAGUUAUGUCCAGUCAUUUAUAUUUCCAUUUGUGUACCUGUCUCGUGAGAAUUUCUGUCUUUUUUUUUCUUCCAAAAGCUUCUUUGUGUGGAAUGCUUCCAUUUUAAAAAUGUCUGUUAAAUUGUUUUAUCCCUGUCUUUCUAGCUCAGCCCAUUUGUCCCUUUUUAAUGGUGUAUCAUUAUGAUCUAAACUGUAUUAGUUCCACCCUGUUGUUCUCCUGUUGUUCCUUCUAUCCAUGCUCUCUUCUCUAUUGCUGUCCUCACUAAGUAAUUCUAAAUAUAAUAUGAAGAAUAAUCUUACUGACAGAGCAUUACAAGUACUAUAAAAUGCCUGCCUUAUAGAGUGUUAUACAUACAGUACUAUAAUGUUUAAGGUUUUUAACUACUGGUAUUACGUCAUAACAAUAUUUUCACUUACCUGAAAUUGCUGAAUCUUACCAAAUAAAGGUUACAAAAACAAUCAA